ACUUGUUCCGCGCGCCUGAGUGCGUGUUCGUGUUGUUACAAUUUGUUGUCGUGCUUCACGGUAACGGAGAAUCCUGCUGACUGUGACUCGCUCAUGGAACGACAGCUAUCGGGUACCUCUGCAACGGAAAAUACGGUCACUGACGGUAAAAUGUAACACAAACGUCCGCGGUUUGCGACCGUCUCGCUCCAAAGUGCGAUCUCCGACAAUCUUUCCUUCCAGCAACGGUGGACGCUCUUCCGCAGAGAAAUGUCGGAGGCUCGCUUCUGCAUCGAGUACGCCAAGCGGGGAACUGCGGGGUGCAAGAAGUGCAAGCAGAAGAUCGACAAGGAAGUGCUGCGCAUCGGCAAGAUAGUGCCGAACCCGUUCACCGACAGCGGCGGAGAGAUGAAGCAGUGGUUUCACGUUGAAUGCAUCUUCGAGCAGCUCUCGCGGGCCCGCGCGACCACGAAGAAGAUCGAGGACGCCGGUGACCUCGAGGGAUGGAGCGAGAUCGGCCAGGAGGACCGGAAGAUAGUGCUCAAGCACAUCGACGAGCUGUCGGAGAAGUUCGGCGCUGGAAGCCCCGGUAAGCGAAAGGCGAACAACGCCGGCGGCGGUGGAACUCCUUCCAAGAAGCUGAAACUGCAGGCGACUCUGACUCCUCAGGGAUCGGACGAUACCGAGGAAAAACUCGAUCUGGAGGAGCUGGAAGCGUCGCCGCUGCCGAGGAAGUCGAGUAAGGACGAUGCCUUUAAGGAGUUCCGCAAGCUCUGCGCCGCCAUCGCCGAAGAAUCGACCUACACGGGCAAGACGGCGAUCGUCGCGAAGUUUUUCAAAGAAGGCAGCACGCGCAAGGGUUUCACGGGCGACCUCUGCCUCUGGGUCAAGUUCCUCUUGCCCAUGGUCAACAAGCGCAUCUACAACCUGCAGAGCAAGCAGCUCGUCAAGGUGUUCAGUCGAAUCUUCGGCAACGGCUGCCUCGAGGAGAUGAUCGAGGACCUGGAACAGGGCGACGUGGCGCGUACCGUCGGCGCGUUCUUCGAGAAGUACGGCUCCCCGGCCGACAAGAGCACGCUGACGAUGCAAGACGUCGACGCCUACCUGGAGCGCCUGUCACGGCUCACCCGCGAAGACGACCAGACACAGCUCCUGAGGUCCUUGAGCGCUCGCUGCACGGCAAACGACCUGGUCAUGGUCGUCAGGCUCAUCAAGCACGACAUCCGCAUAAACUCCGGACCCAAGCACAUCCUGGAGGCGCUGCACCCGGACGCGUACCAGGCGUUCCAGGCGUCUCGGAACCUUGAGGACGUCGUGAGGACCUCCAAGGAAGGGAACGUCAGCGUCUCGGCGAGCCUGAUGACGCCGAUGAUACCGAUGCUGGCGGAGCCCUGCGGCUCCGUGGACGACGCCUUCGCCAAGUGCCCGAAUGGCUUGUACGCCGAAAUAAAGUACGACGGCGAACGGGUCCAGCUACACAAGAAGGGCUCGGAGUUCUUGUUCUUCAGCAGAAGCCUGAAGCCGGUGUCGGCACACAAGGUCCAACAUCUUAAGGACUUCAUUCCGAAGGCUUUCAAGCACGGCCAUGACCUGGUCCUCGACAGCGAAAUUCUUAUGGUGGACACACACACGCAGAAGCCACUGCCCUUUGGAACACUAGGAAUCCACAAGCGGGCAGCCUUCAAAGAUGCAUCUGUGUGUCUUUUCGUCUUUGAUUGUCUUCACUACAAUGGCAAAAGCCUACUGGAUCGGACACUGCGCGAGCGCAGGGAGAUCCUACAGGCCAACAUGACACCCAUCAAGAAUCACGUCGUGUUCAGCGAGCAGCAUGUGAUCACGACACGCGAGAAGCUGCGGGACCUCAUCAAUGACGUCCUGUCUCAGGGCCUGGAAGGGCUUGUGCUCAAGAACCCUGAUGGCAUUUAUGAACCAGGAAAGCGCCAUUGGCUCAAGGUUAAGAAGGACUACCUUAAGGGUGGUAGCAUGGCGGACUCAGCUGACCUCGCGGUGCUCGGAGCAUACUUCGGCACUGGAAGCAACGGUGGCAUCAUGUCCAUCUUCCUGAUGGGCUGCUGGAAUCCGGCGACCGGUCGCUGGUGCACCGUCACCAAAGUACAUGGCGGCCACGAUGACAAGACGCUGGAGCGACUCCAGACAGAGCUUGAGAUGAAGAAGAUAUCGCGGCAGAUGGAGCGGGUGCCGGCGUGGCUCGAUGUUGAGAAAGUUCUGGUGCCGGACUUUGUUGCUAAAGACCCGGACAGCACGCAGGUCUGGGAGAUCGCUGGUGCAGAGUUUACUCGGGCUGAGGUGCACACCGCAGACGGAAUCUCCAUCCGCUUCCCCCGAGUCACGCGGAUCCGGACGGACAAGACACCGAAGGAGGCGACAACGCUUCCGGAGCUGCGCAAGAUGUUUCAGAACUCCAGGGCAAAGCCGUUUGACUUGGGCCUUGGCGAGGAUGAAGACAACAAUGGUGUUGCAAAUGUUUCGUUUGCCUCGACAGAUAAGUUUUCCUCGCUGGAGAAAUCCAGUUCACCAAGAAAAAACAAUUCUUCAAAAAGAUCUGAUUCUCCAAAACAGACCCCCUCGUCAGUUUCAAGACAACAGCCUUCACCUGCCAGGAAGCGUCAAGCAGAAAGAGCAUUGAAAAAUGACACCAAACCGGAGGUGCCUGCAGGAAUGAAGAAGAAGCUUUGCGACUUUCCUGACGUCUUCACGGGUGUUCGAAUGUGUCUUCCUCAGAGUAGGCUGCUGAGAAGGUACUUCAUUGCCUACGACGGUGCGCUUGCAAAGAGUGAAAGUGACAGUGUGACCCACAUGUUGUCGUCACCGAAUGUGGGUGUUAGACAAUGUGCACGUUCAGUGAAGAUCGUUACCAUAGAUUGGCUUUGGGACAGCAUAAAGCAUCAAAAACGUCAGGAUGAAGCGAGGUACUCUGCAUGAACACAGUUCUUGUUUUUGAGCCUCUAACUUCUGCUUUUGAAGCUGUGGUCUACACGUGCAGAGUCUGACAUUGAAGUUCACAAACUUGCAGUGCUGAACUUUCUGAAUUCUGCUAUAUCCUUUAUGAAUGGGGCAGUGGCCUUCAAAGAAGCCUCGCGUAGGAAAAUUUGUACAUUUACAGUACCGCUGUGUUUGUGCACCAAUGUACUUAUGCAGUUUUUCUUGUAGAACUGCUUUUGGAGUCAUUCUUGUGUUCUUCUAAAUGUCCUUAUUGAUGUCAAAGCAUGUUGUUUUCACUGCUGCCUUUAUCUCUGGAAGCAAGAGCUAUGAAGUGCCUAUAAGCCUUCCUUUAUGCUGGGGUUGAAACUGGAGCAAGCUUUCACAGCGAAGCUGUUAACCUCUAGCCCCCGUACGCAUCCCCCACAUGCAUUCCCAGGGGGGGUACUCUGGGCGGCUUACGUUUGUAUCGGGGACAUGGCGCGUGGACAGGAAUGGAGACAGGUAGGGGAGAGGGGGAAAUAGUGGGGCUAUGGCACUUGUGCAUGUGGCCUGCACUUCUGUGGUUAUAACGUCAUGCACGUCGGAGGUGCCGGUGCGGCUGCAGAACCGUUGUGGCAGAUGCAUGUGUGAGGGGGUGACGGCGGCGUCGCUUGUGUCGGCGUAGUGUGGUGCCGUAUGAAAAAAAAAGAAACGUAUGAUUUCAUAAUGUAUGCAGCCUAAAAGCUUCGCUGGUUUUCUGUCCCCAUAUGAAUGUUGCGGUUCCAUGAAUUUUUAUUAUUAUUAUUAUUAUUACAUGCAGGGCAUGAAUGUUCAAAGUGGCAAGGUUAGGAGGUGGAAACUGAAAGGGCACCGAGUGCAUAUGUAUAGUAUGGUUCAUUUUAACGUGAAUGAGUUAAGGGCCCCGUGUCAGAAAAUCCGGUGUCGGCGCAGGCGCAUCGGCGUCGUUGGCAGAAAUAAUCAUCCCAAACCACCCCGACCGCACAGGCCCUCCGCGUGGCGCAAGGCAUUAGUGAACAAAAUUGAAUUUCUCAAAUUAAAAUCCAUCAGAAAAUCGUAAAGUACGACUUAACCACAACCUACAGAUGUGAUAGUGUCAGAUUGUAAUUUGAAUACACGAGAAAACAUAAUUCUCUUACGCCAAAACUCUUACACAAAUCCCUUUUCUAGCAUUUCUACAAUUCAUACGGUGGUGCACCGUGGUUUCUGCCUUGCAAGAACACCUUCCAGAUGGCACUUGCCUCCUUGGCAGCCGCGCGCAGAGGCAAAGUUGGACGUUGGACAAAAAAUCUGUAGUUGCCGGGAAGCCUGAUAAGUAGCCAGGGAUCUUUGAAUGCUAUCGCGUUCCACUCUUAAAGGCGAAGCUUAAGCUUGUCCAAGUUUUUUAAAAACAUCAGCAAAUUAAUUAGUACUAUUUUGAAACUGAUUAAUUUUACUUUUGGCAUAAACGUUUGCUUUUGCUAGUUUAAAUGUACCUAACGCAUCACACCAAGUGUUUUUUUGUUUUUGAAAUUGAGUCAUGUUGAUUUGAACACUAUGUAAUUAGGUGUCCAUUUUACAGGCCAACUGCAAAGAAAUUUUACUUUUGCUAAAUUGGUUAUAGAUGAGCUGUAUAUACCAAUGAAGCAAUCUUGGCAAAGCUGCAGGGCUGGUAGUUGUCUAAUUUUUUUAUUAACAACCUUUAAAUACCAUCUUGGUAGAUUAUACGUGCACCUGGUGGUUAGCGGAUAUGACGCAACUCACAAAAUUUGGUAUUUGUUUUCCCUGCCAUAUGGUACAGUGGUGACCCUCAAAGCAUUAAGGGUGGGCUGUACUGUAUGUACAACGUAACGCAUAAAGGACACAUGUACAAGAAGGAACGAUGGGACACACAAGGCGCUAGUGUGUGCCAUCGUUCUUUCUUGUGUUCGUGUCCUUUGUGCGCAACAUUGUACAUACUUAUGGCAUACCAACAGGCCCAAGAAGCUACCUUAGUGUACUGUAUAUAAUGUGUGUUGCAUAGAUAGGACUGCGUGGUCUUCCUGCUAAACAGCUGGGUCAUUCACGCUCAAGUUUUGCACAGAGGUACUGCUUUGAAGCGAGGUUAGCUUAAUGUAUUAUGUUAGUAUUACUUAUCAGUUCUAGAUAAUCUUCAGAAUAAUUCUGAAGUCCAUUGAAAGUCUGUGUUGUCUGUGGCAACGGCACUGAAAGCAUGUUGAUUUCACUGCCCUGGAAUGGUGGCGGCAUCUGACAUGGUUCUAGUGAACAUUACGUUUUCUUCUAAGCCGUAACAAAUUGCUAAGCACGAGGUCGCGGCAUCGAAUCCCGGCCACAGGGGCCGUAUUUCGAUGGGGGCGAAAUGCGAAAAGACCCGUUUACUGAAAUUUAGGUGCAUGUUAAAGAACCCCAGGUGGUCCAAAUUAUUACGGAGUCCCCCACCACGGCGCGCUUCAUAAUCAGAUCGUGGUUUUGGCACGUAAAACCCCAUAAUUUUUUUUUAAACAGAUGGCAGCACCAUACCGUGGCAGUGGAUAGAAUAACAUCGCCACAGACACCCACUUCGAACCUAUUGUGGGCUAAACUUAUAAGUAAUACUCAUAAAAAUGGUAUUAAAUUACACUCUCGUUCAUGCUCAAACUUUGCACACGAAGGACCUAGCGGUUUAGCAGGAGCAUUUCUAUUUAUGCAACACACCGUAUACAAGUGCAUGUAUGCUUGUUAGAGGUGUGCGAAUAUUCAAAACUUUCGAAUAACGAAUAGAAUAGAAAUUGAAUAGUCACUAUUCAUAAAUACGAAUAUAUUUCAAACACUUCUUGAAUAUUUUAAAACGUCAACUGCACCCAUAUAAACAUAAAAUUGGAGCAAACGUACGGUACAAUUUCACCCCCGCGAGCAUAGUAUAGACAUAAAACAUGAGAACUUGUGUAGUGGUGCAGGCAACUUCACUUAGGUAGCCAUACUUUACAGGCUGUACAGCAAUCAUUCGCACUCUCUGAAGAGCCCUGUACAUGUGAAGAAACUACUUGCAGCCUUCUAUUGCCCCAUUUGUGCUUUUAAUAAACAAUGCUUCAUGACGUGCUAUGUAAGGACAGAAACUUGCUAACUUUAAGAUUACUGGGAUGUGAACAUCGUUUUGUAUUAUUUAUGAUAACAGCUGUUCAUUAUUUGAAAUGUAUUCAAUAUUCGAUUUGCUUGGCUUCUGGCAGUAUUUGAUUUGUAUUCAAUUCGGUUUAAAAAAUCACUAUUUACACACCCCUAAUGCCUGUGUAUUUGUGUGUACGUGAUUGUGCGUGUGUGUGAAAAAGAUCAAUUGUACUUAUGUUAAGACCUUUUUGCAUUUAGUUCAAAGUUGCACCUUAUGCACUUUUUCAGUCUCCUUUUCUGGCCUUUGUCAGUUUGUGUAUCUACGUCCAGAAGAAGGUUUUUUCUUUAAAACUAAAAGCUCAUUAACUAAUGAAACUAUGUCAGUGAGUGUGUUGUCCUGGCACGAAACCUAUUUGGCCAUUACAUAGAUUUGUUCCAUAGUACAUUACAUAGUACUGAAUUAGUAACAUAAGUUACUAAUUCACUUAGGCAACAAGCAUGUAGAGCUUGUAGAGGUUUUUGUCUGGCCUGAAAAGGUCUCUAAUCUGUUAGUGCAGUAUAAUAGUAGUAUAUUCAGAUUACGAUACCUUGGUUACAUAAUGUGUUGUGUACGUCUAAACAAACUUAGCAGUAUUUGCAAGGUAUAUAUGUAUUUACAUAUGUUAAUGCAUUUAUGCGUGUUGCCUGCAAAAAGUAUUUUUGUAGUGUACACCAAUUCAGUACACUAACAUGGCUGGAUGUUCCAUAAAAUUUCUCAUUUUUUUUACUAUGUUUCUCAUUGGGCUGUUCUGUAAUUGCAGUGUUUUUAUACACACAAGUUUGGAGAGUAAACUGUAAAGAACAUCAUAAUUUUGGGGAAUGUGUGGUUAAUAUCAUCGACAGAAUUUUAACAAUGAAAGUGAAUGAUUUAAUGAAUGCGUCUAAAUUAAACACGCACUUGGAACAAUGUCACCAAAGAAAAGCUGCUUUUUGUGGACCUGAAAGAUAAUACUAUGUUGUAAUGCACUAUAUCCCUAGAACAGUGUCUAUGACCAAAUGAUAGUUUGUUAGUAUAUACAUUGUGUCAGUGAUUAAUCUAUGGCUACUAAGCACAUUAUGUCAAUGCCAUAUUUUAUGGUUUGUGCCCGACUACUAAACCUGCUCAGUGUAACAUUUUCACUUUGUGUUGCAACUGGGCACAGAACGUCGAAAAAAUAAAUGCUUCUAUGUGAUUUCCAAGCAUACUCUACAUUUUGUCAUGUGUGAAUGAAAAGCGCAUUUGUCAUAGUCAAAGGCUAAAAAUACAGUAGAAACUCAUUCAUACGUAUUGAGAGAAAAAAAAAACGAGAAAAACACGUACUGACGGGGAAAACGUACGAUCCGAAGUAACUAAAAAAAAUUUGACAGACGUAAUGCGAAGAGUUGCACGAAUAAUUUUGGCACAAGACGCCGAUGCUCGUCAAGCUGGUGACAGGUGGGCGGCCCAAGACAGGUUUUGUUGUUUCCUCAUUGCGUAGUGUUUCAAGAGAGUGACGGGAAGCCGAAACAAAUCGAACUGGUGGGCCACGCUGGAUGCUGCCGAAGCGAAAUGUGAUGCUCACAUUACGCCGUCUGCAGCAGGGAACGAUGGCAUGCUUGGGUUAUCGCCUACUAGAAGCAUGCAGUACGCUUCCAAUGGCAUUACGCCCCACGCACUGUAAAACAAGUAAGUGAAGAUGCUUAUCACAAUAGAGUUGGCAGCGAUAGCUGUGAAUGCAGUGUGCGACAAUCCGGGAGGGGAUUGGCUGGUACCGGAAUAAGAAACUGAGUGUGCGUCGGCGUUUUCAUGCGAGACGGGCGGACGAGUAUUGCGAGGAAGCUGAUGCAGUGGGCGACUACUGUUCUUGAUUGUACACGCUUCGUGCGUUUUCUUGUUUACGUGGACUAUAGCGGCCAGGAAACGUAUCAUACGAUUGCAAUUUUGCGAUAUACUGAACAGUACCAAAAGAUUGUGUCUCCGGGGAAUAUAUGAACCGGUAAAAAAUGAGCGUAACUCUAAUGGUACAGUGCCUAGAAUAUACUUAGUAAGUAUAUUCUAGGCACUAUACUAACGGGUCACUUUUUGUGCUCUUGAUCGCGAAUGUUGGCACUGGGAAACCGUACGUAACAGGAUUGUAUCAAUGAGAUUCUUCUGUAUUUUACAGCUGUAGCUACUACAGAUGCUUCAGCAAACUUUCAUGUGGUUUUCGCAGACAUUAUCACUGUAUCUUCCCAUAGGAUGUCACAAGAACAGGAAACUGUGUUAUUUGUCCUAACCAGGAUUUGAUUCUGUGUCCAGAAUUUGGGCGAGCCGUCAUGUUGUCAUUGUCGUCACUCUGUCAUCAAUGGGUCGCUACCAUCAUUUCUUGUGCCAUUCUAGUUUUUCAUUUGAGUGGACAUCUACAAUUUUUAAGGUUAUCAAGAACCAAGUUCCUCUUUGCCAGGUUUGAGGUCGUGCUUCUUUAUUUCCAGGCACAUUGCAAACAAUGGCUUUCUUCAGGGAUUGGCAACACUGUGCCCAGUGCCACGUCACUGUGCUCCUGCUAUUUUUUUUUGUAUGGCACAUAACCCUAUACAUUUGCUUUGGGUUGCUUUCUUCACCACUGUGCUCGUAACAUGUAUGUCAACCUGUCAUCCAAAAUGUGGUAAAGAUAGUUGAGAAAAUGGUUAUGCUAAAUGUGCUCAGAUGUUGUUAGUCGGCAUCUGUGUCUGCGUCUUGUAGUUUCAUGUUCCAGUUUUGAUUUUCUUGAGCAUCAGUAAAACCUACAGUGACACUUGAUGGGUACUUG